AUGCAGAUUAUGUAUGGAAAAGAUUUGAAGGCUUUUGAGACGGAAAAUGCUGGUGUCCGCCAUCUGCGAGAAGAUCUUGAGUUAUGGAGACGCAAAGGCGCUCUGGGCAAGCUUCGCAAUAUUAUCAUGUGGAUUACUGAUAGACAUGCUGAUGGGAACCGAUUAAGAGGGUUCAAAGCGCUCCAGAUUGAGCAUCAAAACAAUCUCCUUGAUGACGAUGAGCGCCGCUGCCCUCCUUCUCAACUAAAGCGGCCAAAUGAUACGCGAUGGAACUCACAUUACUAUGCCUUCGAGACGGCCUGUCAAAACCGGGCUGCAAUAGAUGCAUAUGUAGAAAAGGAAGAGCGAUCUUUCACAACACGGCUUGAACAACCAUUGCAAAAAAACAAGAGAAGGGACCCGGACAAACAACUUAAACUUUCAACAAAACCCGCAAUUGUUGAGGAUAAACUCUCUGUUGACGACUGGAUCACAAUUACGAGGUAUAUGCAGAUUUUAAAGCCAUUAAUGCUGGUCACAAAGAAGCUAGAGGGGUGUCCGCAGGAAGGACGCAAUGGCUGCAUGUGGGAGGUGCUGCCUUGCUAUGAGUUUUUACUAGCCCACUUCGAGCGUCUUGCUGAGCUUUAUAAGCACGACCCGGACGAGGAUCUCAGGCUUAACAUCCAGCUCGGAUGGCAGAAGCUCGAUGAGUAUUACAAGAAGCUUGAUAAUACUGAGGUGUAUGUGGCCGCCGUAGCACUCCAUCCCAAGUAUCGGCUUGCCAAGAUAAAGCAAAUGUGGUCCGAUCGGGAAGCGGAUGGGUGGCCGGCGGCGGCGGAGAGACAGCUGCAGGAUCUCUGGAGGGACUACAAAGACGUACAACUUCCAGAAGAGCCAACCGAACAGCAGCCUGACGAUGAUAUCCUGGACGAGAUACUCAAUCCUCCUGUGUCGCCUUCGACAGAGGAUCUAUAUGGUCCCAUGGAACACUUGUACAAGAAUCCGGCCCAACAGCAAGCCUCACCACCAGACGAAAUGGACGAGCUCCAAGGCGCAGUUGAUGCAUCCUUUAGUAGAGUAAGGGAUCCAGUUAACUUUUGGAUUUUACAUCGAUCGCGGUGGCCAAGGCUAUCCCGGAUGGCGCUGGAGAUCUAUGGCAUCCCGCCAAUCGAAGCCGACAACGAGAGGCUAUAUAGUAAAUGUGGCGAUAUGGUAACAAAGAAGAGGAAUCGGCUAUCGGCAAACAUAAUUGGGGCUGCACAAUGUCUUCGGCAAUGGGACGAGGACGGCAUAAUUGAAUGGAAGUAA